UUAUUUAUACACAACAAUAACAUUACAAACAAUAUAGUUAUUGUAACACACCGAAUAUAGAAAUACAUAUUACCAGAGCUGUGUUAUUCAAUGGGUUAGGUUAUAGGUACCCUCUGUAUACCUUAUAUAUAGAGGGUAGACGGGUGUAUUGUUUUGAAGACCUUGAAUGUUACCCGGCAACCGGCACCGACAGCAGGUGGUGUGUUCGAAAACGCUUACCGGUUGACAACGGUCCAUCAAACACCACACUGUGUAAUUGUAGAAUUUUUAUUAUUAUCGUGAACAACUCGGUGCAAGAUAUUUAAUAAGUAAGUACGAGACGUCGAGAGAGUACAAGGACCAGCAAUAUGUCUUGGUCCGAUAACCGAGCCUUGGAAGCGGCUCAUUGGCAAAUUCUCAAGAAUCACCUGAAACCCAAUGCUACGCCCGUUUCCAAGGAGUUGCUCAAGUACAAAAAAGAACUAGACGCCGACAGGCAUGCUGAUUUAAAUCAAAUGGCCAACGCGAUACAGAAUUUAAGAUCCAAAUUGACUUAUUUAAAGAAAACUGCAUCGGACAUAAACAAAAUUAAAACAAUAGGGUUUGAAAAAUUUCAAAAAGACGUAAAAAUGUUCGAAUCGAAUUUAUCAAAGUUAAAAGAAGGAAGUCGAAAAAAGAUUCGAGAGGAAAGUCUAAAGCAAUUUACUCUGCUCGAGGAAGUGGAACGUAUUAAGAAAUUUACUGUUGGAGAUACAGUGGGGACGAAUGCCCACCACGAGUUGGUUGAUAAAAGAAGAAAAAAAAUAGCAACGUUCAAAGGACGAACUCCUAUUUCCAAAAACACAUACGCCUCAAAAGAAAUAGCCGAGUUCAACGAUUUCUGUACACGAAAUCACGGUUCGACUGGCGGAUGGUCGAUCAGAGAUCACGAGACGUUCUUGAAGAUCAGAUCUAAACACGAAGACAGUUCCAACUUCUUCGAUCUUGUCACACAAGCAAUCCCACACGUUACCGAAGAGGCCGCUAGAGAUCACGAAAAUUGGUACGUCAAAUACGAACAAUUGAGAAGUAAAAAAAAAGAGGCGAUCGCCAAAUGGAAACGUGAAAAAAACAUAAGCACACACCAAUUUAAUAAUAACAAGGUACUGGAUAAAUUGUUUGGAAACGAGAUGCAACUAACCGGACAAGUAAUCAAUAAUCAAUCCAUUAAAACCAACCAUUGUGAAAAUCCCUGCGAAGUCGAAAUUACUGAUUUAACCGCAUUUACAAAUAAUAACAAUAAACUACCGAAGAAAUGCUACAGGGUUAAUAACAAGGAUGGCUUGACAACGAAAACAUUAAAACAACGUCUAAAUGACUACGAUGGCCAUCCAUCGUCUGAACCAAUAACAAUAGUCACUUUACACGGCCAACCUGAACAACAUUCAAAUGGGGAAAAGUUCCCUAAUUUACAUUUAAACAUAUACGGAGCACAAAAACAAGACGUAAGACUUGUGCUGAAAUAUCAAUAAAAAAAACACAAUUAAGGAUGAUUUUCGCGUAUCAAUAGGUACCUAAUAUAAUAGUGUACUCGUGUAUUUACAACAUAGGUAUCGGUGUUACUGUUCAAAAAUUAGUUGUU